GGGGCGGGGGCUUCCUCUCGGGCCCGGCUAGUCUCUGUGGUGGUGAGUUCCGCUGCUGAGCGCACAAGCGCCAUAUUGUUUGGAAGGGAGAGGAAAGAUUCGGUGGGAUCGCUAUAAUAUCUCCGGAGCUGAUAGAGCAGAGGGCGGACCCUACGUUUGUGCUCGGCCCGUUGAUAGCGAUAUAUGUAUAUCUUUUGAGAGAAUCUAGCAGGGAUGUGGGAUCAAAGUGGACAACCAUGGCAACAAUGGCCGUUGAAUCAGCAGCAGUGGAUGGAGUCAUUUCAGCAUCGGCAGGAUCCAAGCCAGAUAGACUGGGCAGCUUUAGCACAAGCAUGGAUUGCUCAAAGAGAGGCAACAGGACAAGGAAUAGUUGAGCAGCAAAAUAUAAUGCCUAAUGGGCAGGAUCUUCCACCAAUGGAGCCAGGACCUAACAAUCAUGGCAGUUUUCAGGGAGAUCCAAAUUUUAAUAGAAUGUGGCAGCCUGAAUGGGCAGGUAUGCAUCAUCAACCACCUCCACAUCACCCUCCGCCUGAACAGCCAUGGAUGCCUCCUGCCCCAGCUCCAAUGGAUGUUGUUCCUGUACCUGAGGACAGCAAUAGCCAGGACAGUGGAGAGUUUACUGCUGAGAACAGACAUAUGUUUAACCAGAAUAAUCACAACUUUGGGGGGCCUCCUCCUGAAAACUUUUCAAUGGGACCAGUAAAUCAAUAUGAUUAUCAGCAUGGCUCAGGUUUUGGUCCUCCUCCAGGAGGAUUUCACCCACCCUACUGGCAACAGGGACCACCUGGACCUCCAGGUCCCCCAGCUCCACCACCAAACCGCAGGGAAAGGUCCUCUUUUAGAGAGAGGCAACGUUCACCUGUACCUAUUCCUCCUAAGCAAGAACCUUUGCAGAUUGAUGCGGUUAAGCGAAGAACGCUGCCAGCAUGGAUUCGUGAGGGACUUGAAAAGAUGGAAAGGGAAAAGCAGAAGAAGUUGGAACGUGAAAGAAUGGAACAGCAACGCUCACAGAUGAAAAAAGAGAGAAAUAACCAUGAUUACACUGAAGAGGAAGAUGGCCCUCAUUUGCCCCAAAAAAGCAAGUUUGACAGUGAUGAAGAAGAGGAUGAUGAUGAAAAUGCAGAGGACCCAGUAAGUGCUAAAGGCAGUCGUAGCCCUUCACCAGCUCCAGAGGAGAAUAAUGAGUUAGAAAUCACAGAAGAAGAACGGGCAUUUCAAAUGAUGGUUCUGACAAAGAUGUUGCUAACAGAAAUUCUUUUGGAUGUUACAAAUGAAGAAAUUUAUAAUGUUGCUAAAGAGACUCAUCGCAAAGCAACAAAAGCUCCUGCAAGGCAGCUGGCACAGUCCAGUGCACUGGCUUCCCUAACUGGACUCGGUGGACUGGGUGGUUAUGGAUCAGAAGAAAGUGAAGAUGAUAGGAGUGACAGAGGCUCAGAAUCAUCUGAUACUGAUGAAGAAGAGCUACAACACAGAAUACGUCAAAAGCAGGAAGCCUUUCGGAGAAAAGAAAGAGAGCAGCAGAUACUUGAAAGGCAGUUGGAAGAAGAAAAACAACAAAAGGAAUCAAAAGAAAAUGAACCAAGUGAGCCUGAGAUAAACUCCCCUAGAGAAAUUGAAUUACAUGAAAAGAUAAAAGUUGAGCAGGAUGUAGAUAAUGAUAAGAAAAAAAUUCAUAGUGAAAUAUUGCCUCCCCCAGAAAUGAAAAAAGAAAUCAAAGAAAGGCCUAUAAUUAGGAAGUCAAGGAGCUCAAGUAGCAGUAGUAGCAGCAGUAGUAGCAGUAGAGAUCGCAGCAGUAGCAGCAGCAGUAGCCCUUCUAGUUCCUAUAGCUCUAGUUCCUCCAGUAGCCAUAGCUCAUCUCAUUCCUCACCAAAGAGGAAAAAAAGACGUAGUCGAUCCUUCUCACGAAAAGUGAGGAGGAGCAGAAGCAGGAGUCGUGUACGAAAGAAUAGGAGGGAAAGCAAAAACAGAGAAAAGGUUAGUGAAAGAAGGAGAUCAAGUAAGAAUAGUGUGGAAAAGGACAAACGUAGAGAAAGAAGCCGCAGCAGAGAAAAGAGGACUAAUCGUUCUAGGGAAAGGGGAAUGGGUCGCAGUAGAAGUAGGGAUAGACGCAGAAGUGAUGACCAGCGUAGAAGCCGUAGCAGGAGCCGGCACAAGCACAAGGGGAGUAGCAGGGAGAGAGAAUGGGCAAGAAGUAAAAGUAUGGAGAUGGACAGAAAGAAAAGGGAGCAGGAAAAGGAUAGGAGAAAAGAAAAGAUGAAGAGGGAGGAAAGAGGUCGUAAAUAUUCUGCUCUAGAUGAGGAUAGGGUAAGGAGUAGGAAAGAAAGUGAAAGGACAUUAUCACGCAGUGAUUCCACGUUAUCAAAGAUGUCACGGCAGGAUUCUAGGCAAGAUGGCAAGAAAGGCUCCACCAAAGAAAGUAAGAAACGCUCUACAUCUAGUGGAAGGAGCAGUUCAGAAUCGCCUGUUAUCUACAAGGAUAAAAAGGCUAAGAAAUCAAAACGCAGCAGAUCACAUUCUGUGGAGAAGUCGCAAAGGUCUGGUAAGAAGGCAAGCCGCAAACACAAGUCUAAGACCCGAUCAAGAUCAUCAACUCCUGUACGCCGCAAACGCUGAUUUAAUAUGUCUCAGAAGGCAUUAUUAUGUUUAAAAAAAAUUCCAUGAGUUUUAAGGGCUUGUCUCAUUCUAGAGGCAGAUAAAGGUUACGUAGGUGUGGAAAUUUUUUUUUUCUCCUUCCCUUUCUCUCCUUUUUAAAAAUGUACAUAUUUUCCCAUUCUCAGCUUCUGCAAAUCAAAUAUUAAAGCCUUUGUAAUCCAUAGUUUUCAAAAUACUAGUAAUAAGUAAUUUUAUUUUAGCUGUAAUGUUCUUAAACUAUCAAUGACGUGCUGUGAUGUUAAUAAAGCACUGUGCUAAUUUUUCUUUAAA